AUGUGGGGUAGUAUUAAUGAGAAAACUCGAAUUGAUUUAAAGAAAGCUAGUCAGACUGGUUCAUCAGAUGAAGCAUCCAAAUGGCAGAUUCGGGAUGAUGUACAAGAAGACAAAGAAACACUCGAUCCACAUCAUACCCAUUGCAUUCUAUUCGAUAGUGGAAGUCUCAGUGGAUAUCUCAGUGAUUUUCAACGAAGUAGCUUUGUCCAGCACGUUUGUGACGAUAAAAAUAGUCAUGCAUGUAAAGGAGGCAUUUUCGAUAAUAUGAAUUUUCAACAAAGAUUAAUUGAACUCUAA